AUGCCCAAAACGCCGAAACGCUUUGCGGAGGAGGGUGGACUUUCCCACUUGCUCGCACUCUCACAGCAGGCCGUGGAGAAGAAGGACGCACAGUUUCAGAAGCGCAUUGAGCGCCGGGAAGUAGUGCGUAACAGCCAAGAAAAGGCGCGCAAAGAGCGCGUACAACGCAAGGUAAAAACUAAGCAAGAGGCCAAAACGCCAACUAGGACUAUGAUGAUGAAUGCGCUGCGUGAGAAAGCGCGUGAGAAAGCGCGCACAAGGAAACUUGUACGGAAGCAAAAGCAUGCGCCCGGCGGGCAGGACGCACAGAGCGCAUUGCCGCGCUCGAUCAUCAAGUCGCAGCCACAGUCCACAAAGAAGCGUGUUUCCUUCGGGUAG